AUGCAUUUUCAAAAGAAUUACGAUGAAGAAUUAUAUGAAUUUCCAUUAGAUGAAUUAAUUACUGAAUCAUUCGAUAAUUUUUACACAUUUUGCAAUAUAACGAAGCAAAAGUUAGCAUGCUGGCAUGUGAAAUGUGAAAUGAAUCAUAAACAGAUACCGUGGAGUAGUGAUUUACAUAUUUGCGCUUUUAAAAGAAUGCAAUUUGAAAAUGCACUUAAUUGUUUGAACUUAACGAGUAGUAGCAGACAUGACCAAUGCAAUGAAGUGUGCCGCCAUAUUGCACGACGAUAUCCCAUAAAAUGGAAUGAAAAGCUGUAUCUUUAUGAAGUAUCCGCUAAUGUAGUCGAAAAUUUUCAAUACCGACAAUUGAAUAAGCAAUGUGCUUUUCAGAUUUGUCAUUUGGAAUGUCGAGUAAAACUUCGUUUUGAUUUAAUUAAAUACCAAAUCAUUUUCAUAAAAAUCAAAAAUAUAAUAAUAAUAGAAAAUAUUUGA